AUGAAAAUGAGGGAUCGCGUACGCUCUAUUUCUCUCGGGCAAGGGCAAGGUCCUGUGGCUGAGAAAAUGAUAAAUAAUGCCAAACCCAAAGGGGAUUGGGUUUUCCUUCAGAAUUGUCAUUUAGCUGCAUCAUGGAUGCUGAGUCUGGAGGUACUAGUUGCUAACAUGAGCAGUGAUCAAACUCUUCACCCUGAUUUUCGGCUUUAUCUUAGCUCAAUGCCUACGCCGAAAUUCCCCGUCUCGGUUCUCCAAAAUUCUGUCAAAGUCACUAAUGAACCCCCUAAAGGACUAAAAGCCAAUGUAAAGAGAGCUCUCAUUGAAAUGGAAGAAGAUUUUUUCGAGAAUCAUGUCCUGGAACAAGACUGGCGUACAAUGCUUUUUGGAAUCUGCAUGUUCCACGCAAUAAUCCAAGAACGAAAAAAGUUCGGUCCGCUCGGUUGGAAUAUAACGUAUGAAUUUAAUAACAGCGACCGCGAAUGUGCCUUGCUCAAUCUGCAAAUGUUCUGCGAAUCUGGACAUAUUCCGUGGGACGCAUUAGAAUAUAUUACUAGUCAAAUCACAUAUGGGGGCCGAGUAACAGAUAUGUGGGAUCAACGUUGCCUUACCACCAUUUUGAAGCAAUUUUUCUCCCCGCCUACUCUCGAGGAAGGCUACACAUAUUCUCCGUCCGGCACCUAUUAUUGUCCACGUUUUGACAAACUGAACGCUGUUCGGGAAUAUAUUGAUACUUUACCUGUAAUUGAAGAUCCGGAAGUAUUUGGGAUGCAUGAGAAUGCCAAUAUUGCAUUUGAAAAUAAAGAAACUAGUACACUCAUCAAGACCAUAGUGGACGUGCAACCUAGAGCGGGGGGUGGUGGGGGCGGGGACACUCCCGACCAAAUUGUAUGGCGCAUUUGUGAACAAACCAGGGCGGUAGUGGCUAGUAAAGUGGACAAAACGCUCGUGAACCCUUCUCUCAUGGUGCCAGAUGAUAUGGGACAGCUACACUCCUUAACUACAGUGCUAUUACACGAGACUGAUAGGUUCAACAUCCUCUUGGGGCUCAUACAUAGCUCACUUAAUGAAUUACAGAAGGCUAUUAAAGGCGUGGUGGUGAUGUCUGAAGCUUAUGAAGAAGUGUUCAACGCUUUUCUCAAUAACAAGGUUCCCGAGAUGUGGCACCGUCACGGGUACAACUCCCUCAAGUCGCUCGGCAGCUGGAUACAUGAUCUUACUCUUCGAAUAGACUUCAUAGAGAAAUGGUUGAUAGAGGGGUCUCAAGCCAGCAGCUGGGUGUCGGGGCUGUUCUUCCCGCAGGGGUUGCUCACGGGCGCGCUGCAGGCGUACGCGCGUCGCUACCGAGUGCCCAUCGACGCCUUGCUGUUUGAUUUCCAUCCGUUGGGAUUUUUCCUCUCACAAGAAGACGUUUACAAGCAGAGUAAGAAGACUAAGCAGGAUGACGACACCAAUGUGUUCGGUCUUCUGGAAAAGCCUGAAGAUGGAGUAAACAUCCACGGACUGUUCAUCGAUGCGGGGCGCUGGGAUUCAGAGAAUAAUUUGCUAGUCGAUGCAUUACCGGGUGAAAUGAACUCUCCACUGCCGGUGGUUUGGUUCAAGCCGGUGCUGUCGUUGCCGCGGCCGGACCCGCGGUACGAGGCGCCGUUGUACAAGACGUCCGAGCGCGCCGGCACACUGUCCACAACCGGCCACAGCACCAACUUCGUCCUACCAGUACUGCUGCCCUCCAAUAUGCAUUCACACUUCUGGAUCGUUCGCGGCACAGCUCUACUCACACAGAUCACCGAU